AUGUUCUCAGCAAAGUCUUUUCUCUGCGCAGCGCUCGCUGCUACCGUCUCUUUCACGGGGGUUCAGGCACAAAUAGACACAACAGCAGACAUCCCACUUGAUAUCGACGGAGCAUUUGAGGGUGCUUCCGCCGAUACAACUGAUUUCAACACUGGCGGAACCAUCAGGUGUAAUGGCCAGACAGUCGUCGUUCCCCAGAACCUGCAGAUCACCUUCCCCGCGGCCUUCAUCCCGUUCAAAGACUUUGUAGCCUCUUACAAAACGGGCAACUACGGGAACUACCAAUGUUCCAUCACGGGUAACAUCGUGGGCGGAAUCAAAGGCAGAGCAAUCGCCGCUCAGAUUUCCAUCGCCCAGUUCGCAACGACCACUGCCAGCGGCUACAUCACAGACGUGGCGAACAACGGCGAGAUCAAGGUCAACGUCGGGACCGGCUCGGUCACUCUUCGCAUCAAUGACCCCAACGCCGUCUACUCUGUCGGAAAUGCCGGUAUUACCGCCGACCCCUUUUUCACGGCAGACGACCAGAACCCGAGCAUCAGCUCCUUCUCCGGGUUCCCCAUGUGCGUGCCGCGGAGCAGUGCCGAUCCGCUCUGCCCCAGCUCCAACCGGCCUCUUAUUGGAAACAGCAAGCAAGGAUCUGUAAAGGUGCCUGACUGGAGGUUCAUGGCUCCUUUUGUUCCCGGAGACUUCAUCACAUUCUCUGGGUAUGAAAGCGGCGCAAUCAUCAUGGUUUACAACCUAGUGGCCUUCAACAUCCAGCUGACCACCGCCGGAACUCCCAAUUUCAUCCGCAUGGAAGACGCAAACAUCGGUGUCUGGACCGCGGACACUGUAAAUCAGGAAGUCGCUCAAACCAAGUUUGUCGGAUACUCUUCCGAAGGCACCGGGACCGCCAAGAUCCAAGCCAUCGACUACGACAAGUGCACCGGCGCGAAGAACCUCCGCGACAUCGCGAGCCUCCCCAUACCCGGCACGGAACCCCGCAACAAGUUCGAGUACCGCGUCACGCAGCCCACGCAGGUCAAGUACGCCCGCGAGUACUACAUCUCCACCAGCGCCGGCACCAAGACGAACAACGGGAUCCUCGCCGGCACCUACGUCAUGCCCGUCUCCGAGUGGAUCCAGCCCGAGGACUCGGUCCCCGGCAGGCCGCCCACCGGACACGACUUCAGCCAGUAUCAGUGGUUGACCGACGGACUCGGCGCGGACGACAAGGGAGACGUCUGGGGGCCGCUUAACCCCUUUCCCCAGUCCAAUGUCAAGACCAACGGCUGCAGCACGACCACUCCGCCCGCCGGCUCCGGUGGUGGUUCCGGCGGUAGUACCGGCGGUGGCUCCAGCGGCGGCUCCAGCGGCGGCACUUCGACUCCCAGCAAAGAUGUUGUCGCUGUUGUCGGUGUUCCUACCUGGGUCUCUUCGAAGAGUGGCACCAUUGGCAUUCAAUGCAACACCACUUACACCCUGAAGGACACCCUCGUCAACAUGAAGGUUAGCUUUCAGAACGUAGACGGCACCACCAGCGGCAUGUCAAUGACUGCUGCUGGUAACGGUCUCUGGACCUACACCCAGAGCAAAGUGAAGAACCCUGCAACAUCAGUCACCUGCGUGAGCGAUCUUGGUGGUAUUGGUACUUGGAAGAAGCCAUGA